AUCAUGGAGGUGCUCAUUCUUCUUUCUCUAUUAUCUAUCUUCAUUAUAUUCAUUGUCCACAAACACAAAACAUACAGCACAAGAGCAAAUCUUCCACCUGGUCCACCAGGCCUUCCUCUCAUCGGCAAUCUACACCAGCUUGAUAGCUCAUCCCCACAUCGCUGUUUAUGGACGCUCUCCAAACGCUACGGACCUCUCAUGUCGUUGUGCCUCGGCUCCAUCCCAACACUGGUAAUUUCCUCAGAAAAAAUGGCCAAAGAAGUGUUUAAAACUCAUGACCUCAAAUUUGCAAGCAGACCACCUUUCCUUGGCCUAAGGAAAUUCUCUUACAACGGGUUGGACAUAGGUUUCACUCCAUAUGGUCCUUAUUGGAGAGAAAUAAGGAAGCUUUGUGUCCUUCACCUCUUCAGCUCUAAACGUGUCCAAUCCUUUCGACCUAUGAGAGAAAAUGAAGUUGCUCAAAUGAUUGAUGAAGUUUCAAAGUAUGAUCAUGCUUCAGGCCAAGUAGUGAACUUGACUGAAACAAUGAUGUGCAUUGGGCUCGCCCAGUCCACUUUCACAAACUCCCUAAUAUGCAUUAUAGCUUUUGGUAAAAAGUAUGGCCAUGAUAACUAUGAGGAAAAAGUUGUUGGUCUAGGAAGUGGCCAAAGGAAUAGUAGAUUGCACACACUGCUCAAUGAGACUGAAGCUUUGUUUACAGAGUUUUAUUUUUCAGAUUAUUUUCCAUUGAUAGGGUGGGUUGAUAGACUGAGAGGAACUUUGUCGAAGCUAGACAAGGCUUUCAAAGAGUUAGAUGGGAUUUACGAGCAAAUCAUCCAUGACCAUAUGGAUCCAACAAGGCCAAAAGCAAGUGACAAAGAAGUAGCAGACAUCAUUGAUAUUCUACUGGAGAUAACGAACAAUAAUCACUCGUUCUCUUUUGAUCUCACAAUCGAUCACAUCAAAGCUGUGCUUAUGAACAUCUUUAUUGCAGGAACAGACACUAGUUCAGCUAUAGUAGUUUGGGCCAUGAUGGCACUCUUGAAGAAUCCUAGAGUGAUGAACAAGGUGCAAGGGGAAAUUGGAGACUUAUUUGGGGACAAAAGUUUUGUAAGUGAAAAUGAUAUUGAAAGACUUCCUUACUUCAAAGCAGUGGUGAAGGAGACAACCAGAUUAUUCCCACCUCUGCCAUUACUUCUGCCAAGGGAAACAAGGGAAAGGUGCAACAUAGAUGGAUAUGAGAUUCCACCAAGAACUCUAGUGCAUGUUAAUGCGUGGGCUAUAGCAAGGGACCCUGAAAGAUGGGAAGACCCUGAAGAAUUUUACCCUGAAAGGUUCAUUGGGAGUACGAUAGACUACAAGGGGGGAGAUUUUGAGCUGAUUCCAUUUGGAGCCGGAAGGAGAAUGUGUCCUGCGAUGAACAUGGGAGUAGCCGCGGUUGAGCUUUCACUAGUAAAUCUUCUCCACUCAUUUGAUUGGGAACUCCCACCUGGAAUUGACAAGGAAGAAAUGUUGGGCACCCAAGAGAAACCUGGAUUAGUGAUGCACAAGAAAAUUGAUCUUUGCCUUGUUGCCAAGAAACGAAUAAUAUAG